AUGUUUUCGUCUCUCAUUGAGUCUGUGUCCUUUAAUGAAAAACAACAUUGUCCAAAUGUUCUGGGACAUAUGAUGGAAGGUGUUUGGAGACAAAAGGCAAUGAGUUUGAAGGAAACCAAUGAUAUAGAAUUGUUCUGGGAUGAUUCGAGAAAGCAACAUGGAUUAAAUGUAACAUUGCAGAGAAACGAUUCAAAAUGUGGUAAUGUGUCCUUCCCUCACAAAACAGGUUCGAAAAUGCAAUGGUUUCGUGGUUUGUGUGACAGGAAAGGAAAUACGCCGUGUUGCUUUAAUAACCAAUGUGUAAAUAGAUCUCCAGACCAAUGUCGAUGUAAGGAUUGUUAUGAUAUGAGACAACAAAUACACGCAGAGUACUCCGACUUCAUCUCUAAAGACCAACGAUGUCAAAUAAAACAAUUUAAUUAUAUUGAGGCUUGUGAUCUACUUACUAAUGCAACACUAGCCUUUGUCGGCGAUUCAUACGUACGCCAUAUUUUCACCGCUGUUUUACUGUUACUGAGAAAUAAUUAUGUGGACGGAGCUUUGAGCCAAAAUGUGAAAAAAGGUUAG